UUGAGUGAAAAGCAGAUAAAAACACAAACAGAGGUUUGAAAGAAAGUAAAAGAGAUUUGACAAGUAGAAAAAGAAAGAGAGAAAAAAGAGAAAGCAAACACAGAAAAAGGAACUGAUUGAUAAUUUGAUAGACUAGAGAAGAGCCAGCCGGAGACUUAGUUUGCAUCGACUCAUUGGCGACCAUUAAUUCUGCCUGAACUUCCUAGUCGACUCAAACUCAGGCCCCGAUCGAACUUACUCCGGCACGUGUAUAUGCACGUACAAAAACUAAAUGGCUUGGAGUAGUGGAACAAAAUGGUGUGACAUGAGGUUGUUUGGAAUUGCUGUGAUUGGUUUGCUUGUUGUAGGUUCAGUAUUUGUAACAGCCCAAAAAAGUACCAAGGAAGAAGAAGACUACCCUGGAACAGAAGAGGUUGAACCACCAAAUUUUGUAAUCAGAGUUUCAAACUUCUUUUGGCAAUCCGGUCGAUUGGGUUAUAAACAUGUUUGGCCUGAAUUGGAAAUUGGGUGGAGAGUUGUGGUGGGAACGAUAAUUGGUUUCCUGGGGGCAGCGUUUGGAAGUGUCGGAGGAGUUGGUGGGGGUGGCAUUUUUGUGCCAAUGCUUACCCUUAUUAUUGGGUUUGAUGAGAAAUCAUCAACCGCACUAUCAAAGUGUAUGAUCAUGGGUGGAGCUGGUGCUACUGUUUUCUACAAUUUAAGGCAAAGGCAUCCAACACUUGAAUUACCGAUCAUUGACUAUGACCUGGCACUCUUAUUUCAACCCAUGCUGAUGCUUGGGAUCAGCAUUGGAGUUGCUUUCAAUGUGGUUUUUGCUGAUUGGAUGAUCACAGGCUUGCUGAUUUUUAUCUUCCUCACCACAGCAACUAGGGCGUUUUUGAAAGGUAUUGAAACAUGGAAAAAGGAAACAAUAACCAAAAAGGAGGCUGCUAGGCGAUUGCAAUCAAAUAAUUCUGCUAAUGAAGAUGUUGAAUACAAUUCUAUACCAAGAGGUCCAAAUAGUGGCACUUCAACAGAAACGAAGGAAUCCAAAAGAACUAAGGUUUCAGUUCUUGAGAAUGUCUAUUGGAAGGAGCUUGGACUUGUUAUUGCUGUUUGGGUCCUAGUACUUGCCCUGCAAAUUGCUAAGAACAACGUAAGAACGUGUUCAGUGCUAUAUUGGGUAUUAAAUUUCUUGCAGAUCCCAGUGACUGGUGGAGUAACUUUGUAUGAAGCAAUUAACAUAUACACAGGACGCAGAGUAAUUGCAUCCAGAGGAGAAACAGGAAAAACCUUGCGUGUCUACAAACUGUUUCUUUAUUGUAUGUGUGGCAUUUUAGCUGGUAUUCUUGGUGGAUUGCUUGGUCUUGGUGGAGGUUUUAUUCUUGGUCCUCUUUUCCUGGAAAUGGGAAUCCCUCCUCAGGUGUCAAGUGCCACAGCCACAUUUGCCAUGACAUUUUCUUCAUCUAUGUCUGUGGUUGAAUACUACCUCCUAAAACGAUUUCCAGUUCCCUAUGCACUCUACCUUAUUGUGGUGGCUACCAUUUCUGCCAUUAUAGGGCAAUAUGCAGUUAACAAGGUGAUCAAAAUAAUAGGAAGAGCUUCUAUAAUUAUCUUCAUUUUGUCAAUAACGAUCUACGUCAGCGCAGUAUCACUAGGUGGGGUUGGCAUAGCGAAAAUAGUUGAAAAGAUUGAGCACAAGGAGUACAUGGGAUUUGAGAAUAUUUGCAAAUAUAAAUAACCGUAGUCCUGAAACCUUCAUCACUUCUCUUUCUCUCGUCUUUCCUGCUAAUUCUCACAGAGCUUCAUGACUCAUCUAACGGUUGAUAUUGGAUAUUAGGUUCCUUAGCUUCUUAGACUCACCAUUAACUUCUUAGCUUCCGGUUAUUGCUAUUCAUAAUGGAAUGUCUGAUGAUAGUUGAAUAUUUUGAUCAACUUCAUGAUCUGGUUCCUUAAAUUUGUCAAGCAUGAAACUGACUCAAAGUGGCUCACCUCAAGUCUUUAUCCUUGCCCAUUUUCUACGAUUUAGUAAUUCUCAAGCUUACGAAAUAAUGCUUUCUAAUUUCAGCAUUGUAAUAAAUUCUUUGAAUUGUUUCGUAGCAUGGAAAAAGAUAUAGAACUUCCUGAAAACUUUGGCAGAAAUGUGAAUUUAUCAUUUGAUAUC